CGAUUGGUAUAAAUAUUGUCCAGAUCGUUAUAGUAUUCUAGACAGGUCGCCUAUGCCGUCGUCUCGCGCCCGCUCUUAAGUUUUGUCUUUUUCGAUAAGAAUCCGUUUCUUAUUGACGCCUGGUUAAAAUUAGCCGUAAGGUGCUAGCGUUGCAUGAUUCGGCGUUGCAACUCUUAAAACUAGAGCACGGUGGUUUUCUACCACACCGACUGCACAACUAGCAGGCGGUGGGUGUUAAGAGAAAGGCCAAGUUAAAAUCAUGGCCAACGAAGAAGUCGAGAAGGAGACGAAGCCAGCAGACCCUAUAGCCGAGGUUGACGCCCCGUCGAAGUUGGAAUCUUCGGUACCUUACGACGACGACGAAGAUGAUCUCCAAGACCCAGAGGAAGAGAUUCGCCUCCGUGAGGAGUCGCUGGACGAGCGUGCUAAUAGGGAGGAGUUGAAGCGUACCCAGAGCUAUGUUACCGACGCGAGCACCGUGACGCGCACCACAACUCGUGCUUCAGUGCCGGCUACACCUAAGAAGCCAUGGUAUAAAACACCAAACCCUCUACGAUGGGGGUCAAUUCCUCCAGUUCCCAAAGAAAGGCAGGAGUCGGCAGAAGCCGGAGCUAGUUUCUUUAGUAGGCUGACAUUUCAGUGGAUGGCUCCCCUGAUGAAUGUUGGCUAUAAAAGACCACUCGAGCAGAUGGAUCUCUGGAAAGUGAAUCCAAGCCGGACAGUAGAUGUAAUGGCUCGCAAGUGUACCGAGUCCUUCGAACGGCGGUCCAAAAACGGAGACAAAUACCCCCUGCUUUGGGCGAUCCACGAGACCUUCUUCUGGGAAUUUUGGGUCGGAGGUUUAUGUCAACUUGUGGCCGCCAUCUUACAGGUUUUAUCGCCGUUUGUGCUCCGAUAUCUCAUCGCCUUUGCGCAAGAAGCUUGGGACAACCAACAGAGCGGGCGACCUCCACCGCCCAUUGGUAGAGGAGUCGGGUUAGUUCUGGGAGUCACAUUUAUGCAAUUCUUCCAGAGCCUGGGAACAAACCACUUUCUGUACAGAGGCAUGAUGAUUGGUGGCCAAGUACGAGCUGUCAUGAUUAGCUUCAUAUUCGAAAAGUCUAUGGUCAUUUCAAAUCGAGCCAAAGCCGGCGGCAAGGUCGUCGCGAAUGGCAAAGACGGUGAGAAAACAGAGGCGGGAACGGACGAUACGAAAGAGGAGGAGACGACCAAGAAGGAUACCAAACCUGGAAAGAAGGGCGUUGCCGGCGACGGUGUGGGCUGGAGUAAUGGCCGAGUUGUCAACAUAAUGAGUGUCGACACAUAUCGUCUUGAUACCGCCUCCGCCAUGUUCCAUAUCGUAUGGACUGCACCGAUUCAAUGUAUCAUCACGCUGGUCGUCCUGCUCAUAAACUUGUCCUAUAGUGCACUAGCAGGUUUUGCUAUUCUCGUCAUUGGAAUUCCGGCUCUUACUCGGGCUAUCCGCAGUUUAUUCCGACGCCGAGCACUGAUUAACAAGGUGACCGACCAGCGCGUCGCCCUUACUCAAGAAAUUCUGCAGUCUGUUCGAUUUGUCAAGUAUUUUGGAUGGGAAGAGGCAUUCAUGAAGCGCUUAGGAGAAGUCCGAGAGCGUGAGAUUCAUGGAAUUCAAGUCCUUCUGGCAAUUCGCAAUGCUAUUAACUCUGUCAGCUUGUCACUUCCCAUCUACGCCUCCUUCCUCUCAUUCAUCACCUAUUCGCUGACAGACCAUGGCCUCAGCGCUGCCGAAGUCUUUUCUUCAUUGGCGCUUUUCAACGGUCUGCGAUUACCACUCAACCUGCUACCUUUGGUUAUUGGAAAUAUCGUUGAUGCAUGGUCAUCGAUGAAACGUAUACAGGAUUUCAUGCUCUCUGAAAAUCAAGAAGACACUGCCAUUUUUGAUCCAGAGAGCGAAAAUGCUGUUGAGAUGAAGCAAGCUAGCUUCACUUGGGAGCGAACUCCUACACAGGAGGACGAUAAGCCAGCCGGACCUGGAAAAAAGGCUGCUUCAAAGAAGAAAAGCCAACGGCCCGCAAAGCAUGACAAGGGUGCAGAAACGUCGGAAUCAAACUCGGACACGGCCAGUACUCUGGUGGAGGAGCGUGAGCCAUUUAAACUUGAGCAGCUCAACCUCGCGAUCGGACGCAAGGAAAUUAUUGCUGUCAUUGGUUCCGUUGGCAGCGGUAAGACAUCUCUCCUUGCGGCGCUCGCUGGUGACAUGCGAAAGACUUCAGGUGAAGUGCUUCUUGGCGCAUCAAGAGCUUUUUGCCCACAGUACGCUUGGAUUCAAAAUACCUCGGUUCGCAACAAUAUUCUUUUCGGUAAAGAUAUGAAUAGGGAAUGGUAUAAAGAGGUUAUCAAAGCAUGUGCCCUACAGCCUGAUUUAGAUAUGUUGCCAGAUGGCGAUGCAACCGAAAUUGGUGAAAGGGGAAUAACCGUAUCUGGCGGACAAAAACAACGACUUAAUAUAGCACGUGCUAUUUACUUCGAUGCUGAUAUAGUACUUAUGGACGACCCUCUGAGCGCUGUCGAUGCCCACGUCGGUCGCCAUAUCAUGGAUAAUGCCAUUCUAGGGCUAUUGAAGGACAAAUGUCGAAUUCUCGCCACCCAUCAACUGUGGGUUCUGAACCGCUGUGACCGUAUUGUCUGGAUGGAUGGUGGCAAGAUUCGUGCCGUCGAUACAUUCGAUAAACUGAUGGAGAAUGAGCCCGGUUUUAAGACUCUGAUGGAAACAACGGCCCUAGAGGAAAAGAAAGAAGACGACGAUGGCGUGGCUGUCGAAGAGAAGUCAUCGAAGAAGGACACCAAGAAAAAGAAGAAGGCGCGGGGUUUGAUGCAGGCUGAGGAACGAGCAGUUGCCAGCGUUCCUUGGUCAGUCUAUGGCAAGUAUAUACGGGCGUCUGGUAGCAUCUUCAAUGCUCUUUGGGUGUUCUUGGCUCUCAUUAUAGCACAAGGCGGCAACAUUGCGACAAGUCUAUGGCUCUCGUACUGGACUGGGGAUAGAUUUGGAUUUUCUCAGGGAGUUUAUAUCGGCGUCUACGCGGCUCUUGGAACCGGCCAAGCUAUUUUCUUGUUCAUAUUUGCCCUUAUGCUGACAAUAUUCGGGACACGAGCAAGCAAGGCACUACUUCGGCAAGCCGUGACGAGGACAUUGCGAGCGCCAAUGUCGUUCUUCGACACGACACCCCUUGGGCGCAUUACGAAUAGGUUCUCGAGGGAUGUUGACGUUAUGGACAACAACCUGACAGAUGCCAUGAGGAUGUUCUUUUUAACAAUGGUGACGGUCAUCUCCGUAUUCGCUCUUAUCAUCGCGUUCUUUCACUACUUCGCCAUUGCCCUCGUCCCCUUGGCUAUCAUCUUCAUUCUGGCGGCCUCGUACUACCGUUCUUCCGCCCGUGAAGUAAAGCGCUUCGAGUCCGUUCUUCGAUCGGUCGUUUUUGCCAAAUUUAGCGAGGGUAUCUCAGGUGUCGCUUCUAUUCGUGCGUAUGGAUUACAGGGCCGUUUAGUUGGCGAGCUUAGAGGCACAAUUGACGAGAUGAACUCGGCAUAUUACCUGACGUUCUCGAAUCAACGAUGGUUGUCGUUGCGUCUGGACCUUAUUGGUAACUUGCUAGUAUUUACCACAGGUAUCCUUGUCGUAACAUCCCGGUUCAGCGUGCCCCCGUCAACCGGUGGUCUGGUUCUGUCCUACAUCUUGAGUAUCGUGCAGAUGUUGCAGUUCAGCGUGCGGCAGUUAGCCGAGGUGGAGAACGGCAUGAACGCUGUGGAACGUCUCAUACAUUAUGGCACAAACCUCGAAGAGGAAGCACCCGAGCACACGAUUGACGUACGCCCAUCGUGGCCCGAGAAAGGUGAGAUCGUCUUUGACAACGUCGAAAUGCGAUACCGUGAAAAUCUGCCGCUUGUGCUCAAGGGCUUGUCUAUGCAUGUCCAGGGCGGCGAGCGAAUCGGUAUCGUGGGACGCACCGGCGCCGGUAAGAGCUCCAUCAUGUCGACCUUGUUCCGUCUCGUCGAAAUUUCUGGCGGCCACAUCACCAUCGACGGCAUCGACAUUGCGACCAUCGGGCUCCACGACUUACGCUCUCGCCUCUCCAUCAUACCACAAGACCCAACCCUAUUUCACGGCACUGUACGCAGCAAUCUCGACCCCUUUUCUGAACAUACAGACCUAGAGCUGUGGUCCGCAUUGCGACAAGCCGAUCUCGUUCCCGCCGACGCCGGACCUAACGAUAAAGAUCCAAGUAGGAUCCAGCUCGACAGCAUUGUGGAGGAGGAAGGGUUGAACUUCAGUCUCGGACAGCGCCAGCUUAUGGCUCUUGCGCGUGCACUCGUCCGUGGCUCGCGAAUCAUUGUGUGCGACGAAGCCACCAGCUCGGUCGACAUGGAGACUGAUGACAAAAUUCAGAAGACGAUGGCCGUGGGCUUCAAAGGACGGACACUGCUGUGCAUCGCGCAUCGUCUACGCACGAUUAUCGGCUAUGACCGUAUCUGCGUCAUGGACGCGGGCCGCAUCGCUGAGCUUGGCACACCGCUCGAACUCUGGAAUAUCAAAGACGGUAUCUUCAGAGGUAUGUGUGAGCGAAGUGGGAUCCGACACGAGGAUUUGGUUACUGCAGUGAACUCGCUAAACGAAGGGUCCGUCACCACAUCUCGUGUUGUGGAUGAUGAGAAAGAGGACUCUAUUGAGCCUGCUGGGUCGUCGUGAGGGUUGAACUGAUAUUUGGAUCUUUUAUUUGGACUCGGAUGUCAUCAAAAGUAUAUCCGUGUGGAACGGCACACUUUCAUCAUCAUUGGCGGUAUAGCGCAGACAUUUUUGCUUUUUUUUCAGGUUCAUAUUCACCAGAUAGAUACAUAAGGCGUAAGCAUACUAGGGAAUUAGCAUAUUUCAAUCGGAUAUUAUGAUAAGAACGUCUCAGACUAUUUAUUGUAUCAUGUGAAAGGGUUGUGGUAUCGAGAGAGGUGAAGUAUAUUUAUUAAUAUCUGCUUGGAAAAUUUAUGAGAUGAUUAUCAGUACAUUCUUAUACCACCCCCUCCCCACCACGCAUGAAUCUGCGUAUUUGUUCAUGCGAUUGCAGGGCUCCGCGGGAAUUUUCUCCAGGGUCAAUCUUGUUCCUAUUUGUAAGCAGCGAAAAGGAAGGAGCUGUAAGUGAGCCGGGGUAAAAAAAUGGUUGAAGCAUCGAGCGUUUAAGACAUCAGGCGGUCGACUCCCACCCACUACGUCUGUCUGCCUCUCUGUCUUACACGACGCAAAAAGACGUCAGAAUGUGGCGAGAUGAAGUGCUUACUUGCUUGCUUGCUGGGCAGGUAGGUAAGUAAGGAGGUAGGUAGGUUAGGUGAGACAAUGCCCUCCCCGCAGCGACUUCAGGUUUCACAUGGUCCCGUUGCUUCCGA